AUGCUAAUAGAUAAAACUAGUGACUUUACCCUCAGUACCAAUUCCAGAGCCCCGGUCCCCCCGGCCCCCGGCCCCCCGCACCUGCCGCUGUCCUCCUUCGACUGCUCCGUCUGCCUGGAGGUGCUGCACCGGCCCGUCAGGACCCGCUGCGGACACGUAUUUUGUCGCUCCUGCAUCGCUACAAGCCUGAGGAACAAUAAAUGGACGUGCCCUUAUUGUCGGGCUUACCUUCCUUCUGAGGGGGUUCCAGCUGUUGAUAUUGUUAAGAAAAUGAAAGCUGCAUACCAGGACUGCACAGAGUGUGAAACACCGGUGUGUCUCAGUGAAAUGCGAGCACAUAUAAGGAAUUGCAACAAAUAUAUAGAAAAAUAUGGACCUCUACAAGAGCUUGGAGAAAUAGCAACAAGGUGUGUGUGUCCAUUUUGCCAGCGAGAAUUGGAUGAAGAUGGCCUGUUGGAUCACUGUCUUACUUAUCACAAAUCAGAGAGAAGGCCAGUGUUCUGUCCACUCUGCCGCUUGUUACCUGCUGGGGAUCCAAGCAGUUUCACCGGCAGCUUAAUCAGGCACCUGCAGAUAAGGCACACUUUGUUUUACAAUGACUUCCUAGACUUUAAUAUAAUAGAGGAAGCUCUCAUCCGAAGAGUCUUAGACCGCUCACUUCUAGAAUACAUGAAUCAUUCUAACAGCAGAUAAUCUGGCCACAGAGAAAACUGCAUUUCAGAGACUUUCCGAGAUGGAUGUUGUUGCAAAGUGCAUUUAAGUGCUGCCUUAACAAUUGAAGGGAAAUUGUCAACCUUUUGAAGGGAAGAAUUCAGCAUUCCUUUCCUAUGUCUACCACCCUAUCGCCAAUGGGUGUUCAAAUGUGCCUAUCAUUUACAACUAUAGUCCACUUUUGACUUUAAAUAUUCUGUUGCUCUCAGCAUGCAAAUUACCUUGGGAAGUAAUUUGAGGGGUGGGCAGUGCCUUUGAUAAAUUGGGAUAAGACUGACUGUAGCUUCAGUUAAUUAGUGGCAUUUAUUGAGCACUAACGGUGAGUUGGGCACUGUAUUAAGCUCUUGGGAGAGUACAAAACAAUCUGCAACACACUGUUAUCUACGAAGGUGGACCUAUGUAGCAAAACUACUUGCCAAUAUUCAAAUAGGCUCUAAAAACAUUUUCCAAAAGAUUAUUACAAAAACUAUGUUCUUCUGUGAAGGGUGGGGAAGAGGAAGCAAAAAAGAAAUAACCAAGUUGGCAACAUCCCUUUAAAUUGUAUCGUUACUCAGUACUGUAACAAAAUAAAUUUUGUAAUGGGAAUGUAAACUUAGUGCUGUAACUUUUAUAUAAAUAUAUAUCCAUUAGCAUUGUUGAAUAUAUUUUUCCAAAUAUUUUCAGUUAAGUUUAAUAUAAAUGUCUUAAUGGAAUCAAGUUCCUGUGAACCACUGACCAAUAUUUCCUCACCCCCCAAAAGAUUCUUCCUCUGAUGGGCGUCUUCUGAUGCCCUUACAAGUGUAUGGAUAUGUUCUGGGCAUAGAAUUAAAAUUUUCAAGUUUGACAGGGGUACAGAUCUGUGUGAAAGCAACCCCUCCUACCUCAGAGGGUAAAAUCUUAUCCAGCUAAGACUCCAGAUCAUCCUGGUUCACAGUUUCUAAUCAAGAAUCCACUCUGACUAUUCCUUGAGCUCAGGGGUUGGUUUUAGAGGUUUGUUGAAUCAAGAAAAUGCUGUUAGGGCUUCAGACUCUUCUCUACUGAGUCACUCCCUCUGGAUCCUUUUCCUUGAUCCGUACCAGGGGGAGAGGUAAUGUGAAUAAAUGAGAUCUGCAGAUAAUUCCUAUUCCUCCUUUUAGAUAUGAAUUUUAGCCUUGACCCAAGCUGCUCAGCAAGCCUUAAAAAGUCGCAACUUUGGAUAAAUUAGAGUUCUGUAAACUCCCCUGCCUAAGCAGCUUCUGCAUACUCAGGAGUUAAUAGUAUUACCUUUUCAAUCUGUAAUUAGAUCGGUCGGUAUUAUUCAGGCUUCCUACCGAGAAACCAAGAGAUCCAUGCAAAAAGCACCUGGUCCAAGGUUGCAUUCUUAAAGAACUCCUGGUUCCCAAUCCUCCCUGUUUAUCUCGCCUCACACUGAGGGCUAGGAUUCUCUUCCUAAAAAAGCUGAGAUUGCUGCAUCUCGACUCCAGGUCGAUUCGGUGCCUCCAAGGACAGAGAUCAAAAAACACACCCUCCCCCAAAAACAAAGACAGCCAUAUAAAAGUUGAUGUUUUGGGUUGGUUUUUUUUGUAAAUAUAUCUUAUCCGGGACAGAUAAUUAAGGAUGGUAGGACCAUGACUUUCACUGAAAUUGUCUCCUAGUAUUAAUGCUGAACUUCAAUAAAAAUGUCCUUCCUAAAUA